CACUUCGUUUGAAUUUGCUAAUCUGUGAAGGUAAUAAAGAUAGCGCUGCUAAGAUGUUGCUGAAAUCAUGGUCUAAGGUGAUACGAACUGAACUUCUGUCCGAGUACUUGGCUUGGCUAACGGAAGACAUUGAGGGAAGUGAUUAUUCGAAAACUGGUAGUUGCUAUUUGCCCGAACAAUUCAGCGAUGGAACUUUGUAUUUAAAUAUUGACGACGGUCGGAUUAUUUAUCGGUAUCCAAACAGGAUCGUCCUUUGGAUGCUAACCAGGGAAGAAAUUAAGAAAAAUUAUACAAAAUUAAGGACAAAGCUCUGUUGUGUUUUACUACUAAUUUUACUGCUAUAACC